AUGGCAUGCCAAAGUUGCAGCGAGCACGAGUUCUGGAUUAUUCGCAUAUCAGGAUCAAAAGGACAUUUUAAGCUUGAGGCUUGCGCGUUUGCUGACACAUUGUCCAAUUUGGAAGAAUUCCAUUUGCAAAGUAAUGAUAAGGAACCACAUGUAGAUCUCAGAGUUCAAAAGGCUCCUAAAUUGAGGCAGAUUGAUAUUGAUUCUACGAUUCCAGUUAAGAAUUUUUCUAGUGAGAGUUAUCCUGAACUAGAGCGCGUUAACUUUUCAUUUAUUGAAGGAGUUCUUAGCUUGAAACAUUGUACAGGGUCCAAAAAAUUGAAAUAUGUGUCGUUUAGUGGACCACAAAUCGAUGAGUUUUCAGCAGUUGGGUACUGA